CUGAAACACUGAGAGGACUAACAGUCAUACUUACAGACUUCUCCUCUUAACUCCAAACCACUGCAAAUCAUUCUCCUAGAUUUGGAUUGAGCAAACAUACAACAUGUGUAAGGGAUUAGCAACACUGCCAGCAACCUGCUUAAAAAGUGCCAAAGACAUCAAACACAAGAUUGGCUUUCUGCUCCAGAAGCCUGAGUUUCCAACAGACCAGAAACAGGUCAAAGAGAAGACGACUGCUGUCAAGAGAGUUUCACCUGCUGAUUUGGAGAAAUGGAAGCUGUCCUUCAACAACCUGAUGAAUUGUGAAGGUGGUCGUACUGUGUUUACUGCGUUCCUGAAGUCAGAGCUCAGCCAGGAGAACUUGGAAUUCUGGAACGCUUGCGAGGAAUACAAAAAGUCUGCCCCAAACAAGAUGGCGGUCAAAGCUAAAGAGAUCUACGAACAGUACAUUGAGGCAGACUCUCCAAAUGAGGUGAACCUGGACUCAGCAACGCGAGAGGAGACCAGACAGAACCUGUCUAUUGCCGGCUUAUCCUGUUUCGAUGACGCCCAGCAGAAGAUCUUCACUUUGAUGGAGAAAGACUCAUACAGAAGGUUCCUCCACUCCAAACUGAUCCAGGAUCUGUCCCUGUUGAGCACCACCACCCCACUCUGUGCACUGAAGAAGAUAGGAGGGAAAAUAGGCUGUUCUGAGAACAGAUGUGGUGCAUAGAUGGAGAUGGAGAGAGAAAUAAGGACGGAUUGAAGAAUGUGUAAAAUUGUGUCAAUCUGUGAGGGAAAGAGCAGGUAGUCUUGAAGAGAAAACAUUAUGAGUGGGUGGGGUUUUAUUUUUUCUGUCCAUUGUUCUAGAUAACUAUUUCAAGACGCAUCACAAAUAGAUUAUUUUUGAGACGAGGGGACGAUUGGAGAGGGAGAGAACUGUCAGAUGUAAUUUUUCAGGAGAAAUAUGCUCCUGAAAGGAUGCUCCUUUCUCUGAUUUUCAUUGUUGUGCGAGGGUCUGCUUUCUUUACACGGAAUAUCUUCCAGAUCUCUAAAAAUAUUCAAAUGGUUCAAACAAGCAUUUAGGUAUUUCACCCUGGUUAGUUCCCUGUGUCCCCUCUGUCUGGCUUUAAUUAAGGGCUCCAUGCUAAGUCAUGCUUAAACACCAAUAAUGAAAAUGCACUUCUUCAAACUGAGUGUUAAAUUAGAUUAUAGUUUCUGAAUGGAUUGGUGUUAAAAGCUUCUUUCACCUGACUGAUGUUUUUGUUUGACUCUGUUUUUCUGUCUUUACUUGACCUGUGGCCAGUUCAUGCCCUGCUAAGGUGUAACUCAACAACAAAGUCAUGACCAGGUGAUGUUUUGAUUCACAACACAGGGAGAAACAAUCUGGAAUUACUUCUCUAUCCACCCCUAACAGACACACACAGACACGCACACACUCCCAUUUGAGUAAUUCAGCGACUUGCUUCAGCUGAUCCUUUCCUGAUGUGCUUAUGAAGUAAACCUAUUGAUACUUUAUCAUUAUAUGGUUAUUGGUAAUGCUAUUGAUAUCAUUAUAUGGUUAUUGGUAAAGCUAUUGAUAUUGUAUCAUUAUAUGGUUAUUGGUAAUGCUAUUGAUAUCAUUAUAUGGUUCUGUAAGUUUUGUUAAAACAUUACUCCUACUCGUCUCCAAUGAUGAUGGCUAAAUAUUUAUUAUAUAAUAAUCAUCUUCAUAUUUAUUUUCUUGUUUUCUUGACACGUUUAUUCAUUUAUUUGUGAAUAAAACAAUGCAUCAACAGA